GCAUCUCGAGGAUAGAAAAAAUGAAUUAUUUUCAGCAAUGUAUGCCGUUCUCUUGUUAUUAAUGGGAGUGAAUAACUACCUUCAAAACAUUCCUGUUAAACAUGAUUUUGUGACUGUUUUACUAACAGUCGUAUCUCUUUUUGUUCAGUUUAUUGUAUUUUUAAUUGUAUUUCGCUGGUAUAACAACUACAUUACUGUAAGAAAUCAAAAGAUGGACUUUCAAAAACAAUUUCAGAAAUACAUGGCGUACCACGAAAUUCCACUAAGCUUAAGGCGUCGGAUGUUGAGUUAUUUUUAUUUCAAAUAUGGAGAUAAUUUCUACGAUGACGAGACUGUUUAUAGUGUCCUACCAGUUGGCUUGAAAAACGAGAUUAAGGGUGAUCUCUGUGAAAAAUUUUUGAAAAAAAUUUACUUCUAUGAGACAUUACCUCGUAGAGCUUUAGAGCUAAUAGCCCAUCAUUUGGUAAUGCAUAUUUUUCUACCAGGAGAUCACAUUGUCGAAUAUGGCGAUGUUGGUGCAUCAAUGUACUUGAUAUAUAUUGGAUCUGUAGCUGUGUAUAGCAAGAAUCAUAUCGAAAUUUGUCACUUAAAUGAAGGAGAUUACUUCGGAGAGUUUGCACUAGUUCUGGAUAUACCACUAGGAAGAAUUUCUGCCUUGCCCUUGAAGGGUUUCCAGAAAUCAAAAGUCAGAUGGAGAGGACAUUACUUCAGCAACUUCAAAUUAUUAAAGGACAAUAACUUUAUAACUGAUGGAAAAAAAUGCCUAUGUCUAAAUUACCAUAGAUACUGGAAAAUACCAUGCAUCUAUUCGUCAAGGAGAAGAUGCCAUUUCGUUGGACGAUUCCAAACACAUGUUUAAUAUUAUUAAAGAACACUAUUUUUAAUAUUAAUUUUGUUAAUUUAUUAAAAUAAUUCAUUAUUUUGUUCCAA